AUGCAGCUGCGCGACACGUCCGCUCCGGAGCUUGCACGCUAUAUUAUUGGCGAAUACUUGGGCGAGGGCUCUACGGGGACCGCGUUCAAGGUGACUGAUGCUGUCACGGGGAAGCACUAUGUGCUAAAGCAAAUUUCCCUGGAAUCCAUAGGUGAUGAGGAGAAGCUGCGCGCGAAGAAGGAGAUCCUUGUCAUGAAUGGUGUGGAUCACCCCAAUAUUGUCAGAUUUCGUGAAAGUUUUAGUGGCACAAAUUCGGUCAAUAUUGUGAUGGAGCACUGCGCAUCGACACUGGAGGAGCUCAUUGGACGACAACAAGCGGAGGGUGGGCAACCCUUCCCGGAGGAUAUCAUUAUUGAGUGGAUGGCAGAGCUGCUUUGUGCGCUGGCCUACCUGCAUUCCCGCUCCAUUGUGCAUCGUGACCUCAAGACAAGCAAUAUCUUUCUUACAGAAAAAAACCACGUGAAACUUGGGGAUUUUGGGGUGUGUACGGUUCUUACGAGUACUUCCGUGGCGGCUCACAGCAUGAUUGGCACCCCGCUUUACUUUUCUCCAGAGGUGUGCGAGGGGGAGGACUACGAUCAGCGCAGCGAUAUGUGGAGCCUUGGUGUGGUGUUCUAUGAAAUGUGCACCCUACGGCACCCCUUUGAAGCUCAACAUUUGCCCGGUCUUAUUCAGCAAAUUCUCACCAAGGCAGUGACCCCCUUUAAUACGGGACUAGACGCGCGCUUUGAGGCGAUUGUGCGUGGGAUGCUCAAUAAAGACCCUCGCGAUCGCCCGACGGCACAGGAUUUGAUUGACAACCACCUUGUCGUGCCUGUAAGUCACCCAUCCCACCCGUCACAGAAGCCCUCAAGGGGCCGACUAAUCCAGCAGUACUAUGGUCCGGAGCUCGCGUUUAGUAGGGAGAGGGGGACACGUUUGCCCCCGUUGGACUGA